AUGAGGGUACAUCGAGGAAUUGCGAAAACUACAAGAACUCUGGAUGUUUGUUUGUGCAUCAUUUUCUUGUCCUCUGUUGUGACAGCAAACUCACAUGUGUAUUUCGGACGAAUUGAAGAAAACGCACCGGCUGGCACGGCGGUGACCGGGCUACUUUUGCCUGCUGUUGCCGAAUGCAUUGAAGUAAAUUUACCGACACUGAGUAAAGCUCUGCAAGGAACGGACGCGUCGGAUUUUAACCUCAUUUACCGCGAGGGAGAAGGAUUCAUUCUGAAAACCUCAAAAACUUUUGACAGGGAAUCCAAGUCGAGGUACGAGGUGACUGCGCUGCUCCCUGGCUGUUUCAGCCAUGCUGUGCCAAUCAAAAUUGACGUGCUUGAUACUAACGACAACAUACCUCAGUUCAGUAUUAUAAACAAAAGAGUAGAAGUGGACGAAUUUACUCCAAUAGGUUCCGAGAUUGCUCGUUUUAGUGCACGGGAUGGGGAUGCAGAGAGAAACGGAGAAGUCAUAUACUACACGUCCCCCAGAAACCAGUACGUACACGUAGUCCCCAAAACUGGACAGGUCCUGUUAAUUCACUCCCUUAAAGAUGUGGACAAAAUUACCGUCCCCAUUCAUGCAAGAGAUAACGGGGAUGUUGCCCUGGAGAGUCAACCUGUUAUACUUCAGGUUGAUGUGAAUCGCGCUGUCUUCUCUAAAGUUAGGAAACCAAGAGCAGUUUCGGAGGAACUGCUCUACACUGUAACAGUUUCUGAAGACGUAAAAGUUGGAGACGUGAUCUUCACGGUGCCUGAUCAGAAGUUCGAAAAGAAAUGGUUCGAGAUUGUUUCGGAAGCAGACAGCCCAGUCCAAAUAGAAAGGGAAUCGGGUCGUCUGUAUCUAGCCCACAGACUGAGGUCUACCGCGGAGGUGGUUGUUAAAAUCCAUAAUCUGAGAGGUGAUGAGUGGUACCUGUGUAGGUUGACUCUGACCAUUCCCGGCCUGUCUAACCUUCAGUGGGCCAUGUUUCCAUACCCUUACCUGGCCGCAGUGGGUCCAGAUGCUACCCCAGGGUCCAUCGUCUACAAGCUCGUGGCACACAGAGGAGAUAGUUCUGUAGGAUCAAUCCAGUUCCUACUGGUGGAUGGGGGUGAGGAAUCGUUUGAGGUGGACAGAAACUCUGGGGAGAUCAGGACCACUGGGCGACCUCUUACUCCCAGUAGGGAGUACAUCCUGACUGUGCAGGCAGUGGACCAGCAAGGCAGAAAGGGUCCUCAUGCCUCAGUGUCGGUCCUGGCUGGCUUCCGCCCACCUCAGUUCACCAAUGCCUCGUACACUGUAGAGGUUCCAGAAAGCACAGCAGUUGGUCAAGCCGUGGCAGUGGUCCAGGCUAUCUCCUUCCAAAGAAAGAGUCUUUCUUACAUGCUCCUGGUGAAUCCAAGCAACCUGUUCAGCAUUAACCAGGAGAGUGGAGCUCUUAGUCUAACCAGAGCAGUGGACUAUGAAAGCGGACACCAUCUUCACCAUUUACAAGUGCGGGCGUCGGAGCCAGACACUGGGCUCAGCAGCAUAGUGGAGGUAGUGGUGCACAUAACAGAUGAGAACGACUGCACGCCUGAGUUCAUGCACUCCAUCUACAGCAGGGACAACAUCCCUGAGGCCACACCACCUGGAACAUCACUCCUGCAAGUCCUGGCCAGAGACUGUGACACUGGCCUGAAUGCAGAGAUCUCCUACUUCAUCCAGAGCGCAGACUUUGAUAUCUCAGCUCAAGGGGUGGUUAGCUCCAGCCAGAGGCUGGACUAUGAGAGACCCAACCACAUGUACGAGUGUGUGGUUGUCGCAGUGGACAAGGGCACGCCCCCUCGCACCGGAACUGCCUCAAUUCGCAUCCGCAUGGCCAACGUCAACGAUGAGGCUCCUGUCUUUUCUCAGUCUGUCUAUAAGACCUUCUUGUCAGAGGAUGCUGGUCCUGAAACGCUGGUGGCCAUCGUUCAUGCCAAAGAUCCGGACGGAGACGGAGUGACGUACGCCAUCACCGGGGGCAACGAGGAUAGCAACUUUGAGCUGGACAACCAGAAGGGCAUCAUUAAACUGCGCCGCAGUCCUCCUCCAAAACUACGAGGCCCGCAGUACAUCCUAAACAUCACGGCGACUGAUGACAACGCAGCCGGCGGGCCACUCCCCCUCAGCAGUUCCGCCCAGGUUAUUGUGGGGAUCAAUGACAUCAACAACAACAAGCCUGUAUUUGAGGAGUGCCAUAAUUAUAGCAUCAAUGCCUUGGUCCCGGAGAACCAGCCACCAGGGACUUUUGUCCUACGUGUCCACGCCCACGACGCUGACAUUGGGGUCAAUGGAGAGGUCAAGUAUGGCAUCAUGCAGCGAGAUGGGGUCACACCUGGUUUCACCAUUGACUCUGACACAGGUGUGAUCAGCACAGCGGUGAGUUUCGACCGCGAGCGGCAGCGAGAAUACACGUUGUCCGUCACCGCCACAGACCUGGCCCAGGAGCCUCUCAUUGGCAUCUGUCAGAUCACCGUGCUCAUCACUGAUCAGAACGACAACGACCCCAAGUUUGAGAACAGCCGCUACCAAUACUUUCUACGAGAAGACACACCUGUGGGCACCAGCUUCCUGCGGGCAGCCGCCCAUGACGACGACCAGGGCACCAACGCAGCUAUCACCUACUCCCUGUCCCAGCAGAACCCAGCCUACUUCCACAUCAACCCCAGUACAGGCUGGAUCUACGUCAACCACCCUAUCUCUCAGACAUCCCGAAUAAGCCAGCAGAUCAUUGCCACUGAUGGAGGGAACCGGAGUAGUUCAGUGGACCUGACUGUCAUCAUCACUAAUGUUCACAACCAGCCCCCCCAGUGGGAACAGUCUGAGUACUGGGUGACCAUCCCAGAGAACACUGUGCGUGACACCAAGAUAGUGACGAUAAAGGCUACGUCCCCCCUGGGUGACCCCAGAGUGACCUAUAACCUGGAGGAGGGUCAGGUGCCAGAGACCAACAUGCCUGUGCGCUUUUAUAUUAAGCCCAACAGGAUUGAUGGUUCUGCCUCCAUCUUGGUGGCUGAACCACUGGAUUACGAGACCACUCGAUUUUUCACCCUCCGCGUGCGUGUGCAGAACGUCGCUGCCGUUCCACUGGCCUCCUUCACCACUGUUUAUGUGAAUCUCACAGAUGUGAACGACAACGUUCCCUUCUUCAUGUCUUCCACGUAUGAGGCCACCGUACCCGAGGGUGCCGAGAUUGGCACGUCGGUGGUACAGGUCUCGGCCUCUGACCUCGACUCAGGCCUCCACGGCAUGAUCAACUAUGUUAUCCUGAAGGAUGAGAGUGGGGAUUCACAGUUCUUUAGCAUCAACUCCUACACGGGGAUCAUCCACACCAGGGCCAUGUUCGACAGGGAGCAGAAAGGUUCUUACCUGAUUGAGGUCCAAUCCCAGGACAGCUCUGAGUCAGCCAGGCCCGGGCAACAGGGUCAACCCAACACAGAUACGGCCUACGUGAGGAUCUUUGUCACAGAUGUUAACGACAACGCACCAGCUUUCUCCCAGCCUGUGUAUGAAAUCAGUGUGGAGGAGGACAAGGAAGUGGGCUUUGUUGUCAUUACAGUAACAGCCAAUGAUGAGGAUGAGGGAGCCAAUGCCAAGCUGCGCUACCAGAUCACCUCAGGGAAUACUAUGGGUACAUUUGACGUGGAGCCAGAGGUUGGCACAAUAUUCAUUGCCCAGCGGCUCGACUACGAGCGGGUUCAGCGCUACGAGCUUCGGCUGGUGGCCUCGGACGGAAAAUGGGAGAAUCAAACGAUGGUGGUUAUCAACGUCAUCAACCAAAAUGAUGAGGCACCAAUCUUUACCCAGACGGAGUACCACGCCAGCGUCACGGAGGAGCUGACCGAACUCCCCGUGCUAGUACUGGAGGUAUCGGCUACAGAUCCGGAUCAGGAGGCAGACCAGAGUGCUUUGCGUUACUCUUUACAUGGGCAAGGUGCUGGGAGUGAGUUCACCAUUGAGGAACUUACUGGUCGGAUCUAUGCCCAGAAACGUCUGGAUCGAGAGGAACACUCUGCGUGGCGUUUUCUUGUACUGGCUACUGACGAGAAUGGGUCGGGUCUCACCGGCUUUGCUGACGUCCUGAUGGAAGUUCGUGACAUCAAUGACAAUGCUCCCGUGUUCUUGUGCUCUUCAGACAGCUGUUUUGUGGGUCACGUGCCUGAAAACUCUCCAGCAGACACGUCCAUCAUGGAGAUGCGUGCCACUGACUUGGAUGACCCAAAAGCGGGCAAGAAUGCUGUUCUGACCUACCGUAUAGUGCAGAACGUCCGUAAUGAGAUAAACCUGAACCUGUUCUCCAUCAAUCCAGCAACAGGAACAAUCUACACUGUACUACGCUCUCUAGACCGGGAACUGGAGGACCGUUACUUUGUGGUAGUUGAGGCCAGGGAUGGAGGAGGGCUCUCAGGUACUGGAACGGCAACCAUAGUGGUGUCGGAUGUCAAUGAUCACACCCCAGUGUUCACACAGAGGGUCUACGUGGCCUCUAUGGCAGAGGACUUGGACAUCAACAGUGAAGUGUUGGCUGUAGCUGCCACAGAUGGAGAUGAAGGUGAAAAUGCUGCCAUGACCUUCAGUAUCAUUGGUGGAGACGAGGACCGCAAGUUCUUCAUCGAAACAGACAAAGUGAACCGCCGUGGUGUGCUUCGACUGAAGAAAAAGAUCGAUUUUGAGAAGCCCCAUGAACGUAUCUUCAAUCUAACUGUCAAAGUGGAGGAUGCAGACUUCUUCAGCCUGGCCUACUGCGUCAUCCAGGUGGAGGACUCAAAUGACCAUGCUCCUGUCUUCUUUCCACAGUUUUAUGAGGCAGGAUCCAUGUUUGAAGAUGUACCAGUUGGAACCAUCGUAGCCCAGGUUACCGCUAUGGAUCUGGACUCCGGUCAGAAUGGAAAGUUCUCCUAUAGUAUAGCCCCAGAGUCUGACCCCUACCAGCAAUUCCUGGUGGAUAAAAGUGGCUGGGUAGUUGUUGCUGACUCUCUGGAUCGAGAGAAGAUUUCUCAACACAGGCUGAUGAUCCUUGCCACAGAUAUGGGCAACCCACCUCUCACUGGUACUGCCAUUGUGCUAGUAACCAUACAGGAUGUGAAUGACAAUGGACCAGAAUUUGAAGCUCCGUACCAUCCCAUUGUAUGGGAAAAUGCAGCAGCCCCUCAGGUUGUCCAUAUGAAUGAUACUUCCAUUCUGCUGCAUGCCAUAGACAGAGACACCUCACCCAAUGGAGCACCAUUCUCCAUUAGGCUGCUCAUGCUGACCUCAGAUGUGACAAACUUCAACCUGACUGACCUAAAGAAUGGUAGUGCCAUGGUUACUGCUCUUCGCACCUUUGACCGGGAGCAACAGAAGCAGUACUUGCUGCCAAUUCUAUUGAUUGAUAGUGGCUCUCCCCCAAUGAGCUCCACAAGUACACUGACUGUUAUCAUUGGAGAUAGAAAUGACCAUCCCCAUACACCAGGCCACACAGAGUUCAUUUUGUACAGCUAUGAAGGUACACUUCCAACCACUGUACUUGGACAGGUUCAAUCCCCUGACCUUGACGACUGGAGCGAAAAGAUUUACAAGUUUGAGGGCAAACCCCCCAGACAGUUCAGUCUUAACCAAAACUCUGGUCAGUUGAGCAUCAAGGAAGGCACUCCACUGGGCACAUACAGUUUGCAAGUUCAAGUGACGGACAAGACCUGGCCAGACGUCACCUCGACUGUGGAAGUGACAGUCAUGGACCUGAAGGAGGAGGCUCUUCAGAAUGCAGGAUCUGUGAGGCUGUCCAACCUAUCGGUGGAGGACUUUUUCUUGGUACCAGCAGGUCAGGAAAGCAAAUAUGCUCGGUUCAGGCAACUGCUGGCUGACAUCCUACAAACUGAGCUUGAGAAGGUGCAUGUGUUCAGCGUGGCCAAUAGCAGCCAACCAUCAUCACACCACAUCAGCGUGUGGUUCGCCGCCCAUGGUUCGCCAUACUACAAAGCUGAGAAACUCAACGGCAAUGUGGCCACUCACAAGGCCAAGUUGGAGUCAGCCCUGGGUGUGACCAUCUCUCAAGUGGGGGUCGAUGAGUGUGCCUAUACGGACUGUAGCCAGACAGGGGGCUGCUCCACCCGGGUGGUGUUUGGUGACACCCCUACCGUUCUUAACAGUGGGAACACCUCCCUGGUGUCUGUCUCGGCCUCCUCCAUAGCCCAGUGUGGCUGCUUGGCCCGUGAGCGCCAGCAUUUGUCCUGUUCGUCAUACUCUCACAGCCCCUGCCUGAACGGAGGGACCUGUGUGGACAGCGCGCUAGGCUACAGGUGUAAGUGCCCACCUAUGUUUGACGGACCUACAUGCCAGCAGACCAAACACAGUUUCCAGGGCCAUGGCUAUGCCUGGUUUCCUCCCAUAAAGCCAUGCUUUCAAAGCCAUAUCUCUUUGGAGUUCAUCACAGAGUUGGCUAAUGGACUCCUUCUCUACAACGGCCCUCUGGGAGUACCACAACCCGGAGAUCGAGAAGAUUUCAUUGCACUGGAGCUGAAGAAUGGCGUCCCAUCGCUCAGCGUGAAUCACGGCUCAGGCACACUCACACUUCAACUCCCCUCCCGAGCCACCGUUACCGACCGCCGCUGGCACCACAUCGACAUCAUCAGCGACGGCAAGAUGGUGCAGAUGAUUCUGGACCACUGUUCUGGGGCUAUGGUGAACGAGGUGGAAGGUCUGGGGGUGGAGGUUCCAGAGACAGAUCAGUCGGUGUGCAAAGCGUCCGGAGAGACUCCAGGCAGCGAGAGGUUUUUGGAUGUGAACCAGCCUUUGCAGCUGGGUGGAGUGAAAGGGACGCAUCCACUUCGGCGAACGCACACACACUACAAGGGCUUUGUGGGUUGUCUCAGGAACCUGGUGGUGGACAGUCAGGUGUAUGACCUGGGCAGCCCAGCGGAGAGCGAGAACAGUACCCCUGGGUGCAGCCUGACCGAUGGGGUGUGUCUAACUGCUGGGGGACCCUCCUGUGGGGUCCAUGGAAAAUGCCUGGGGGAAUGGGGCUCUUUCAGCUGUGACUGCCACCCUGGGUACAGCGGACACAAGUGCGAAAACGUCCAGCCUGAGUGGUCCUUUGAGAAGGAUAGUAUGCUGCGAUACCAGCUGAGAGGAGGUGGAAGUCCCCGUCGGACCUAUGCCCAGCUCCUCCUCAGAACACGCACCUCCUCCAGCAGCCUGCUUAGCAUGACCUCCCGCGACUCCAAUGAAUACAUCAUACUAGAGGUAGUAGAUGGGUACCUGAGUGUGCGUGCCAAUCUGGGUGACGGUGCUCACUCUCUGAAGCUUCCAAGCCAUCGUGUGGACCAUGGUCAGUGGGUCCUCGUCAGCUUACGUCGUAACGACAACCUUUUCACUCUGCGAUUAGAGCAGGGCGGCGGGUCACGAGAGGUCACUGGGGCACUAGGUCACAAGAGGGAGAUAGUGGUACACCCCUCCAGUGUGCUGCUGGGAAACAGUGUGUCUCACAGUGCAAAUGGAGACUUCCAAGGUUGCAUGCGGGAUGUGCGGCUAAAUGGUCACUCUCUGCCACUGGAUGGCCAGAGCACUGAGUUCAGCACGGUGCUGGAACGGCGUGGCGUGCAGGCCGGAUGCCACUCUGAUGCCUGCAGCAGCAAGCCCUGUAUGAGCCCUUUCUUCUGCGUGGAUCUGUGGAGGAAACACGAGUGUCGGUGUCCGGCUGGCCAGGUGGCGGUGACGGAUGAGGAUUCUGGGCUCCAGCGAUGUGCCCCAUCGCCAUGCCGACAUUCAACCUGUCGCAAUGGGGGCACCUGCGUGGCACAGUCCACCAAGAGCUACCAGUGCCGCUGUGCCUCGGGUUUCAAAGGGCAAUGGUGCGAAAUCGGGCAGGUCAAAGCCCUCCGCCUGGCCGCCCUCAGUCCCAGCUCCAUCCUCGCCAUCAGCAUGUGCCUGCUCGUCUUCUUUGCCGUGCUAGUGGCAGUGACGGUGUGGAAUCAGAAGGGCAGUCGCAAUAAGUUUCGGAAGAGAGGGGUUUACCACAUUCCAGCCGAACACGAGAGCUGGGAGGACAUUAGAGAGAACAUCCUCAACUACAACGAGGAAGGUGGUGGAGAGCAGGACCAGAAUGCCUAUGACAUCACAGAGCUGAAAAGACCACUGUGCUCCAGUUUGUCUCAGUCUUCGUCCUGUACCACCGCCCCCUUAAUCAAGUCCUCGCAGGGAUCGCAGGAGGAGGUGCACCCAGGCUGCCCUCUAGUGGUCGGAGGCGCACACGCCUACCACCACAACCCAGGCUGCACGGCCCACUGCGCUGUGGACUUCAAAAGCUACGUGUCUCGGAUCAUCUGGGAAGCAGACAACGACAGCUUGGCAUUCCCCAUGGACACUUACCACGUGUACUGCAUCGAAGGCACGGGAUCGUCUGCCGGAAGCCUCAGCUCCCUGGGUUCGGCCAUCCCAGAGGACAACUUCAGUUAUGACUCCCUUCGCCGUUGGGGAUCCAAAUUCGAGGGCCUGAGCGAGUUAUAUCGCAGGCCAGACCUGAGCCUCACCUAUAUGGAAGCAGUACAGAGCCAAAGCCAGAAUCAGAACCAACUAUAA